CCCCCAAUCCAAACGAGCUUUUCAUUUCCAGGCCAGGAUGAGCCGGAAAAGCUUUUGCCCCCUCCUCCUUUUCUUUUCUUCCAGAACCUGAAAAUGGGAACUCUAUCGCCAUUUUUGCCUUUGCCUUGCCCGCUGGUUUGUUCCCCACAAAGUCGCAGUUGCUGCUUACCAUCCUCAACCCUCCAGACAUGGCCUCGCUACCCUUUGAAGAAGCCCCUGAAUCCCAGCAGAGCCGUAGUAGUCGUCCAUGGCGGUAGAAAUAAUGCCGGCGUCCCACCACCAGACGGGUCCCAGUACAUGGAUAAGAAUGGUGUGGUGGAAGACAUGGAUGGCUAUCUCAACUAUCUCUCGCUCGAAUACGAUUCUGUCUGGGACACCAAACCAUCUUGGUAGUGCCAACCCUGGACUAUAACUCUAACAGGGGUACUGAUAACCGGUGCUAGCUGGGUGAUUUUGCAGUCAGUUGCAAUCACUUUGGUUGUUCUCACCUUAAUAUCUGCUUGGUGGUACAUUUUCCUCUAUUCUUAUCCCAAGGCUUACUCAGAGAUGAUCGCUGAACGACGAAAGAGAGUGACGAGUGGUGAUGAAGAUACAUUUGGUUUGAAGAGGAGUCAAUUAAAUGAGUUUUGAACACUCGUAUGCCCUUGUAAUCUCAGCUGGAUGUAUUUGGAGUAAUCAGCCAAGAGUUCAUGGCUUCAUGUCUCCUGGCGAGUUGUAUCUUCUUUGUUCUGAUUACUCUUUAAUUUGAUGCUGGAAAAGCUUGUAAAUGGUCAUUUUGUAUGUUUGUGUGAGUACCAACUGCCAAGUGAACCACAGAGCGCGGAAUCAUACUGGCAAGACACAAUCCAUCUCAUUGAUGAUGAUCUGAUGGCUGCAGCAUAAAAUUACACAAAACACUUAGCCUCGUGGACUACUGAGACAGAACACUUUAUAUGUUAAACCAUCCAAAUGCUCAUUUGGGGCAAAAGACAGAUGGAUUAUCUUGGACAUGUUAUCAAUGAGGAAAGGGGUAACACCCGAGGAAGGUGUUUGG